GAUUCAGUGCGGGAGGGCAUCCCCCAGAGUUCAGAGUUCACCAGCUCGCCUCUCAAAAUGGCGGAGCCAGCACGGGAGUGGAGCGAUGAGCAGCUCAAAAGUGAUGACUUGCCCAAAAAAGACGUAAUAAAGUUCCUCCAGGACAAUGCGGCCCACUCGUUCCUCAAUGAGCACAAACUGUUGGGAAAUAUUAAAAAUGUGGCCAAAACCGCAAAGAAAGAGCAGCUGGUUAUUGCUUACAACCAGCUCUUCGAGAGCAAAAGGUUUAAAGGCACGGACCCAGUGGAGGACGUAACCGAGCAGGUUAAAGCCGUGAAGGUUGAAGAGAAGCCCAAGGAAGUCAAAGCAGAAGUUGUGGACGAGGGUCCACCAAAAUAUACCAAAGCGGUGCUGAAGAAAGGGGACAAGACCAACUUCCCAAAGAAGGGCGACACUGUGAGCUGCUGGUACACAGGCAGCCUGGAAGACGGGACAGUCUUUGACACAAAUAUUCCCGCAGCUGCAAAGAAGAAGAAGCAAACCAAGCCUCUGAGUUUUAAAGUGGGCAUGGGCAAAGUCAUCAGAGGGUGGGACGAGGCCCUUCUGACAAUGAGCAAGGGCGAGACGGCUCGGCUGGAGAUCGAACCCGAAUGGGCUUAUGGAAAAAAGGGCGUUCCAGAUUCCAAAAUUCCACCUAAUGCAAAGCUGAUUUUUGAAGUGGAGUUGGUGUCCGUGGAUUGAAUAUCUCCCAACAUGCACGCAAUGUCUGUUUCUUUCUCCUCCCCCCUGUAAAGAUUUUAAGUUUACACCGUCUUUGGACUGCAUUUGUCAGUUUACUUUAAGAACAAAUAGUUACUGGCAGUUUCAAAUACCGAAUGGAAAAUUUAUGAUUUUUCAAUGUUUAUUUUAAGAGGAGGAACGAGUUGUUCUUUGUUUUUUUUGCAUGUACAUUAUGAAUAAUAAACCCGUUUCAUUGAA